UAGUCGUGAAACGACGUGUUUCCGUAAUCUCUGAAAGGAAACAAAACUAGCAUAAGUGAGAGCGUCUUAUCUUUGUGGUUGCUAGCGUAAUAUCUGUUUGUUGCCGUGCCCCUUCCAACGGUUAGAAACAGGCGAAUUGUGUCUAGAGCAGCGUCACUCUGCGUUCAGGUCUUGGACCACCCUGAACAUCCCCGAUUGCUUUGGAAGCCGUCACAAGGAAAGGAACGUACUACCGUGCAGAAAAUAUGAUCUCACUACGGCGGCGACGUGAUCCGUACGGCUUCAUAGUGGCAUUAGGUGUGAUCAUACUUGUGUUAGUAUGCGGACGUUCUCAAGAAAUUACAGGUCAACAUGAUGCACCCACUCCUGAGCCAACCGCCCUAUCAGAUGAGCUUGUGUUGACGGCAGCACCACUAGAAACGAAAUCUCCUUUGACGACAACCAUCACAGACUCUGCCGCAGUGCUCGAUUCCACUUCUGGAGGCACUGAAGACACGGUAUUCGGUGGUACGGAAUCUGCCGGUGACACAGGUUCUGAAUCUACAACGACGACAAACUCCGCUUCUACACCACUCGGAAGCCUCGAUGACACUGAGUGCGAUGACACUCCAGCGGAAGAUACCGUCGCUCCGGAUUCCGAACUAGGGAAUUUUAGUCACUGGGCAGUGGCGACAGACGCAGCACCAUGCGCUAACGUAACUAGGAACAUUAUGAAGAAAGGCGGCAACCUUGCAGACGCAGCCGUAGCCACCAUGCUGUGCAUGGGCGUCGUUCUACCGCACUCUAUGGGAAUCGGCGGCGGAUUCAUGGCCACCAUAUAUCUCAGACGCGCAGGAAAGGCGCUGACUUUGAUUGCAAGGGAAAGGGCUCCAGGUGCAGCUAGGUGGGACAUGUUUGUCGGCAACGAGACAUUGGCCAGGAGAGGCGGUCUGUCCGUUGCGGUGCCCGGCGAGCUCCGUGGCUACCGCACCCUGCUGCGCGAGCUUCACUCCACUCUCAUGUGGCGGGAUCACUUCGACGACGCCAUUCGCCUCGCCCGGUACGGCUUCCCCGUGGGGCCGCACUUGGCCGCCACCCUUCAAAAGCACAAGGACGACCUGUCGGACAGCCUCAAGAAGGUCUUCUGGAAUGAAACAACCAAUGACACUUUGGCCGAAGGGGAUCUACUGGUCCAGCCGGACCUCGCGGACACCCUGGAGGUUGUAGCCGACAAGGGACCUGACUAUUUCUACAAAGGUGGAAUAGGAGAGCAGCUGGCAAAAGAGAUCCAGGAAAACGGUGGAGUGAUAACCGAGAGCGACCUGAAGCAUUACGAUCCCGAGUGGAAGGCGCCCAUUGUUGCUGAUUUGCCCAAUGGCUACACCCUGUACACGACGCCGCUGCCUGGCAGUGGUGCCGUGCUCGCCAGCAUACUUCGCAUUAGCCUCGACGCCCAAGAACGAUCCAACGACACAGUGGACCAGUGGCACAGCUUCAUAGAAGCCUGCAAGCAUAGUUACGGUGGAAGGUCCCGCCUCGCCGACAGCGAUUUUGAGAAUGUGGAAGGGCUCGAACACAACAUGACCACGCCCGAGUGGGCUGCUGCCGUGAGAAAUCUUAUCAACGAGUCGUUCACGUUCGACGACCCCACCUACUACGGUUUCGUCAACGAUUCCUUGCCCAAGGAUGGCGGCACCGCACACGCAACCUUCUGGGGUGACAAUGGAGACGUCAUCGCCAUUACCUCAACUAUCAACAACCAUUUUGGCAGCCAGCUGCGCACGUCCAGUGGCGUGAUUCUCAACAACCAAAUGGACGACUUCUCGACGCCUGGCAUGAGCAACUCGUACGACCUCUACCCCACACGGCCAAACUUCAUCGAACCCCGGAAGCGGCCCCUCUCUUCUAUGGUACCAUCCGUCUUCGUCGACAGUAACGGAGACGCAGUGCUUGCACUGGGCGGCACUGGAGGGUCUAAAAUCACGACCGCCGUGGCUUUGGUGGCACUGAGAGCUCUCUGGGGAGGCUACAGCAUCAAGGAAGCCAUUGACCUUCCAAGACUUCAUCACCAGCUUAUCCCGAGUAGUGUCAUUGUAGAGCCGGACUUUCCACAGGAGUGCAUUGCCGAGUUGGAGAAGAAGGGACACGUCUUCGAAGUGAACGAAGGAAAAAUCUCCACCGUCAACGGCAUCACGAGAAAAGGCGACCGUUUGUACUCCAGCUAUGAUUUCCGGAGAGGAGGAGGCAUGGAUGGCGAGUGAUUGGGCAUCUGUAUAGUAUUUCCGAGCGUUGGCAGUCGGAAAACAAAAGAGAGGGGCUGUCUGUCAACCUCACACAAAAAGCCGAUUACAAGCAUUCCUCUCAUAGCUCUAGUGCAAUGUGUAAAAUCGAACAGCACCAUUCCUCGAUAUCUGCAUGAAAUUCUGUCGCCAGUAGACCGUUCCCUAACAAGGCAUAAGGACGGACGCUGCACUGUGAUAAUCGGCUUUAAAGAUUUGUUUACUCGUUUUCUUAACAAGUAAGCGCGAAUUUGCGCCGUAACCGAUAUAUGUCGCAUAAUCAUAGUGUCGUAAGGUAUCGUCUGCGGUUAAAUAAUUUCAUAAUAGAAUGAAUUCUAAAACAAAAUAUUGGCCAUAUAGGAAGCAUCUUACAAUGCCGCAGCGAAUCCUGGAAAUGAUAUUCCACAAGAACAAUAACAUGCUUGACUGAACAAUUUUUGGCAUACAACAUUCUUGAAAGGCGAAUAAAAAAAUUC